UUCUCUCGCUUUUGUAACUUGUCACUUCCGGGAAGUUGUGAAGCGCGUGGCGUGGAAGGUCAGUGCGUGUAGUGUGCGCCGCAUGGAAUGGAAGAGUGAAGAAAGAUACAUGAUCCUUCUACGUAUGGCUUGGCCCAGCUCGAUCACAUGGGAGGCUGAUCCGGCAAUGUGAGCUACGAUGAUAAGACAUAGCAACCUCCAGAAACAAGUUCUCAGUCUGUAUAAACAGUUUUUACGGGCUGGCAAAGACAAGCCAGGGGCCCUUCCCCAAAUCCAGCAUGAGUUCAGGAAGAACACAAAGAUUCCGAGGACUGAGAUUAUGCGCAUUGAGUACCUGGUGCGCAGGGGCCGUAGGCAGCUGGAUCAGCUGAAAGAUGUGACUACCAAGCAGGUCGGGUUUUUCACCAAACCCCCUUCAAAUCCAUCUGGACCUACAUGACCCAAAGCAGGAUGAGCUUUGUGCACCUGGACUUGUCUCUUGGAAUCCACAGGAUAACAAUGUAAACAGAUUCGAUGACCUAGAAACAGUAUAGGAAGGAGGGCUUGUGACGCUCUUUUAGAGAAUGCUUGUUCCAGGGUUUAAUUCACACAACCAGGUUUGGUCAUGCGGGAUACAAGAGGAUGAUAUAGAAACCUCCCAAGUUUGUACACAAUACUUUCACUGACUUGGAAAGACCAGCUCUUGUUGCUGCCAUGAUUGCAGCAUGAAGCCUUCCCUGAAGGAAGAUCGUUUCUGCAUCAUGUCUUUGGCCAUCCUGAAUCAUCUGAACUGUUGUAAUUUCUUCACUCAACAUAUCUAAAUUCGACUGUCCAGAAUUUCCAACGUUAUAGAGUAUAUAUUUGAGUCUUUAUGGAUUGCACUGGAACUGGCUGGUGCCAUGUAGCAAAUUUUCUCACUAACCGGCUAAAAAUUAUAUGUGUAACCAUAAAAAAACUGUAAAUUAUCCAAUAAAAUUAUGUUGGGCUUUC